GCCAACUAACCAAUUUAUGCUUUCAAUAUCAAUUCUCUCCAAUCCAUCGAUUCACUCACCAAUCAACCAACACAAAUCAUAAUCACAAAUUUCAAUCAAAACGGAUCUGUAUUGAUUUCAUUAUCGAUUAAUUCCCGCGUUGUCGGCUGUUUACAGUGCAUGUUGUUGAUGCGUCAAAAUCUGUAAAUCACUCAAGUUUUGGGAACGAUGAUGGUCUCGCGACGGCCGGUGAAUCCUGCUCGGCGCCAUUCUGAAGGCGGCGCAGCUGCAUUUUCAUCUCCCGCCCAUUUCAGAUCGCGCCCUCCUCCCUACUUAUCAAUUGCCGCCUUAAUUCUGGGAGCAAUCCUUCUCAUUGGCUAUCUCCGUCUUGGUCAAGAUUCCUUGGGGAGUAAACUCAGUUGGGUUCAAGGUGAGGUUUCAUGUAGCGGAGAAGUUCAACGCGCCAUUCCAAUUCUGAAAGCGGCAUAUGGGGAUAGCUUGCACAAGGUGCUGCAUGUUGGUCCAGAAGCUUGUUCUACUGUUUCCAGAUUGUUAAGAGAGGACGAGGCUGAUGCUUGGGGCGUGGAGCCAUAUGAUAUAGAGGAUGCUGAUCGGAAGUGCAAAAGAAUGGUGCAAAGUGGCCUCGUCCGAGUGGCUGAUAUAAGGUUUUUACUUCCCUACAGGACAAAGUCAUUUUCCCUAGUGAUUGUGUCGGAUGCAUUAGAUUACUUGUCUGCAAAGUACCUGAAUAGGACUAUUCCUGAAUUAGCAAGGAUGUCAUCGGAUGGCCUUAUCAUUUUCACUGGAUACCCGCGUAAUGUUAAAGCUAAAUCUGACAGAAAUGGACGUUCGGUUAAAUUGAGGAGCGUGAACUGGUGGGCUGAAUACUUUGAUCAUCUGAGCUUAGAUGAGAAUGAAGAUAUGACUAAGAAGUUCGAACAAGCUUCAGAAAGAAUGUCACACAUCCCACUUUGCCAAAUUUUUCAUCUCAAGCCAUAUAACUGAUAUGGCACUGGAAGUAUGUUUUUGAUGUCUCUUCCUUUAAUUUAUAAAGAAAAGCCAUAUAGCUGAUAUAGCAGUAGAAGUAUAGAGGGAAAUGGAACAUAGUCAAUUAGAAAGGAUAUGUUCAUUUAGGCACUGGAUUUCCACAAACAAUGUCAUAUCUAUAUUUGAACACUUAUAUUACCACAUU